UGGUCGUGAAAUUCUUACUCUCAGUUGUUAGCAAAGUCUUUACGCAUUAAGAACAGUUAAUAUUAUGAUUGAAAUAACAUUCCAAAGUUACCUUACAAUUUUAUGGAUUCUCAUACAACCUGUGAUUGGAUUGGACUCAGACGGAUUUUGUACAGUUGUUGAAACAUACGAUGCCACAAGACCCACGAUCGAGACCUACCUAGAAACGAUUCAAGUUUCGAAAAAAAUCUUCCCCUGGACGUAUUAUGAGACUCAGACCGUUACAAAAACUCGUUUGGCUCCUUCGAUAAUAAAAACAAGAAUGAAAAGGCAAUGCUGUCAUGGGUACACUUUCAAGGAUAUGAAGUGCAUUCCACACUGCACAAUGCCAUGUAAAAAUGCUAGAUGCACUGCCCCAAAUAAAUGCACAUGUAACCCAGGCUAUGUACCGGGUGUUUCAUCUCACAGGUGUAAUCCCGAGUGUAAGAAUGGGUAUAAAUACAACGGGACGUCUGGUGAGUGUAAACCAAUUUGUGACGAAUGCACCAAUGGAAUCUGCAUUGGACCCAAUCAAUGCGCCUGCUCUGAUGGAUAUGAGUGGAAUCUUACGGAAGCGAAGUGUGUGCCCAAAUGUCUAGGAGGUUGCUUGAAUGGCAACUGUGCAUUACCAGGGAAGUGUGAAUGCCAUCCAGGCUACGCUACUUUGAAUUCUUCUGUGUGUUCUCCAAUCUGCCAAGCUGGUUGCGUUUUUGGUACAUGCACCGAGCCGAACAUCUGCACCUGCUUCACUGGUUAUAAGCUAUGGAAUGGGUCUCGAUAUAUUUGUGAUCCAAUAUGUUCGAGUGGUUGCCUUAACGGCACUUGUGUGAAGCCAGAUACUUGUCUCUGUGACAAAGGGUUUAAGCUGAGUAAAGACACCAAGGAUUGUGAACCAAUGUGUGACGAAUGCACCAAUGGAGUCUGUGUUGGACCGAAUAUGUGUGUCUGCUCCGAUGGAUAUGAGUGGAAUGUGACCGGAUUGAAGUGCGAUCCCAAAUGUUUAAGGGGAUGUUUGAACGGAAAGUGUGCAUCUCCAGAUAAAUGCGAAUGCAAUCCAGGCUACGUCGCUCUAAACUCUUCGGUGUGUUCGCCAACCUGCCAUAACGGAUGUGUUUUCGGUACAUGUACUGAGCCGAACAUUUGCACCUGUUUAAGUGGUUAUAAACUACGGAACGGGUCUCGAUACAUUUGUGAUCCAAUAUGCUCGAAUGGUUGUCUUAACGGCACUUGUGUGAAACCAGAGACCUGUCACUGUGACAAAGGAUUUACGUUGAGCAAAGACUCCAAGAAUUGUGAACCAGUGUGUGAUGAAUGCUCCAAUGGAAUCUGCGUUGGACCGAAUAAGUGUGUUUGCUCCGAUGGAUAUGAGUGGAAUUUUAGCGAAUCGAAGUGCGCUCCUAAAUGUUUAAGGGGCUGCUCGAACGGAAAAUGUGUGUCACCAAAUCAAUGCGAAUGCAAUCCAGGCUACGUCGCUUUAAACUCUUCGGUGUGUUCGCCAACCUGCCAUAACGGAUGUGUUUUCGGUACAUGUACUGAGCCGAACAUUUGCAGCUGUUUCAGUGGAUAUAGACUACGUAACGGGUCUCGAUACAUUUGUGUUCCAAUAUGCUCGAAUGGUUGUCUUAACGGCACUUGUGUGAAACCGGAGACCUGUCACUGUGACAAAGGAUUUACGUUGAGCAAAGAGUCCAAGAAUUGUGAACCAGUAUGUGACGAAUGCUCCAAUGGAGUCUGUGUUGGACCGAAUAAGUGUGUUUGCUCCGAUGGAUAUGAGUGGAAUUUUAGCGAAUCGAAGUGCGCUCCUAAAUGUUUAGGGGGAUGCUCGAACGGAAACUGUGUGUCACCAAAUCAAUGCAAAUGCAAUCCAGGCUACGUCGCUUUAAACUCUUCGGUGUGUUCGCCAACCUGCCAUAACGGAUGUGUUUUCGGUACAUGUACUGAUCCAAACAUUUGCACCUGUUUAAGAGGUUAUAGGCUACGAAAGGAGUCUCAAUACAUUUGUGAUCCAACAUGCUCGAGUGGUUGUCUUAACGGCUCUUGUGUGAAACCGGAGACCUGUCUCUGUGACAAAGGAUUUACGUUAAGCAAAGAUUCCAAGAAUUGUGAACCAGUAUGUGACGAAUGCUCCAAUGGAAUCUGCGUUGGACCGAAUAAGUGUGUUUGCUACGAUGGAUAUGAGUGGAAUUUUAGCGAAUCGAAGUGCGCUCCCAAAUGUUUAAGGGGAUGUUUGAAUGGAAAGUGUGCAUCUCCAGAUAAAUGUGAAUGCAAUCCAGGCUACACCCCAUUGAAUUCUUCUGAGUGUUCUCCAAUCUGCCAUAAUGGAUGUGUCUUCGGUACAUGUACUGAGCCGAACACUUGCACCUGCUUAAGUGAAUAUAAAAUGCAGAACGGGUCUCAACACAUUUGUGAUCCAAUAUGCUCGAGUGGUUGUUUCAACGGUACUUGUGUGAGACCGGAGAUAUGUGUCUGUGACAAAGGGUUCACACUAAGCAAAGACUUCAAGUAUUGUGAACCAGUGUGUGACAAAUGUUUCAAUGGAAUCUGCGUUGGACCGAAUCAAUGUGUCUGCUCUGAUGGAUACCAGAAUGUUUCCGGAUCGGAUUGCGUGCCGAAAUGUUUAGGGGGAUGCUUGAACGGAAACUGUGUGUCACCAAAUCAAUGCGAAUGCAAUCAAGGAUACGUCUCCUUAAACUCCUCAAUGUGUUCGCCAAUCUGCCAUAAUGGAUGUGUUUUCGGUACAUGUACUGAGCCGAACAUUUGUACCUGCUUAAGUGAUUAUAAACUCCAGAACGGGUCUCAACACAUUUGUGAUCCUAUAUGCUCUAGUGGUUGCCCUAAUGGUGUUUGUGUGAGGCCAGAGACCUGUCUUUGCGAUACCGACCAUCAUAUGGAUAUCAACGAACAAAAAUGCGUUCCACAUUUUUCUACCUACAGUUAUUCGGGUCGGUUGGAAGAAGAAAAUAAUAGAAUGGCAAUGUUUAAUUCUAUGUAUCUGUGGCUGAUUGCUGCAGGAGUCUUUGUGGCAGUAUGUCUGCUAUCCUGUUUUGUGUAUGGGAGAUAUUCCAAACGAAACAGUUACAUCUGCAAAACAGAUCCUCAUGUCGUUUACUAUGCCUUUAAUGAUGAUGGUGAAAGGGUUGACAUCAAUAAUCAAAGCGAGCUCACAUGCGGUGACCAUAGAUUAACCGCGCAUUCCAGUUUGUUGGAUCCUAGAUGAAUCAUUGUCGAAUAAAGACACUUUUGUACUCUGUGUUUUUAA